AUGAAGGUUGCCGAGUACAGGAAUCAAAUUCAAUCACACAAAAAUGAAAUCAAGAUGCUAAACAAGAUCUUAACGCAGGAAGUUGGUGAAAACACAUCUAUCCAAGCACUGAUGAACAAUCCAGGUACGUGGAAAGGCAGAGUCCAACAAAUCAUCACUUUACAAAAAAAGGUAGCAGAACUGAAGAAACAGUUGGAGCAAGUGACUAUCACGUCAAGUGGAACGAACAAAAAUGACAGCACCUCCGAUGAUUAUGAAGAUUCUUAUUGUUUAUCAUCAACACAGCAGCGCCUCCAGCCAGCACAGCCAUCGUUCUCUUCACUUUCAACCAUCAAUACCACUUCGUCAAAUCUCGAAGACAAGCAGAAGGAUAAAAUAAAACAGAUUGAAAAACAGAGGAAGGAAGCAACCGAAAAACUGAAAAACGAUUUGAAAGAGAUGGAGCAAGAUUUAAAUAACUUGAAACAGAAGUACGAAGCUAGCAAAGCAAGGAACCAAGUGCUGUCAAAUGAGUCGAGGACAUUAAAACAUCAGGUGCAGAUGUUGAUGGAAAAGGGGAAGCAUGAUGACGAACUGGUUGAGGCACUCCUGAAACAACAAAAUCAGCUGAAGCAAGCCUUGUUAACUGAUUCCAACAACAUGAAAAAGGACAAACAAAACGAGAAAAACGAGCUGAACAGGUUGCAAGUCGAGAACAAUGCCAUAGAGCAGUACAAAAAUGAAUAUGAAGAACUGACGGCAUUAUAUUUAGCAGUGACCGUUGAAAGAGAUAAACUGAAUGAACUGCUCAAAGUUUUGGAAAGCAGAUCACAGCAGAUGAUGACACAGAUCACAGAACUACAGAGCAAGUUACAGAACCAGUUGAAAAUCAACGCAGCUCUUGAAAAACAAAUCGGCAAACUUAAGUUAGAAAAAGGACCGCAGCAUUCCAGAAUGCCAACAUACAUUGGUGGUGGUGACUGCUUGAAGCAAAACGAUAAAGAAGACCUACUUAUGAAAAUAGACAUACAGAAGGAUGAGAUUGAAGCACUGAAGGCCAGCUUGCAAAGUACGAUGAAAUCAAGAGAGGAGGACAUGACCAUCUACACGUCCAUCCUUGAAGAAUCAAGGAGAAUAUUCUCUGAAACUCUUAGGAAAGAAAGGCAAAGAACUGCUAUGAUAAAUGCUGGCUAA